GAUGAAACGCCAGUUAUUAUUAACCACCAAAACCCGAAAUUUGGCCAUCAAAAGAAAAAAGAAAACCCGUCUCAGCAAACCCUUGCUAUCCGACGCAGAUAAUUUCUUCCCUUUGAAACUAUUAGCAAAUUUGCUUCGUAUUCGUCACUUUGAUUUCUACUAAUUUUGUACUGAGACGAAGAAGAAGGAGCGAUGGGAGAAAGAAAGGUAUUGAACAAAUAUUAUCCGCCGGAUUUCGAUCCGGCAAAGAUUCCGAGGCGAAGACAGCCUAAGAAUCAGCAGAUGAAAGUGCGGAUGAUGCUUCCAAUGAGUAUUCGUUGUGCUACUUGCGGUAAUUAUAUCUAUAAGGGCACCAAAUUCAAUUCCCGUAAAGAGGAUGUUGUUGGCGAGACCUACCUGGGAAUUCAAAUCUUCAGAUUCUACUUCAAGUGCACUAAGUGCUCCGCAGAAAUUACAUACAAGACAGAUCCCAAAAAUUCAGAUUAUACUGUUGAAUCAGGUGCAACUAGGAAUUUUGAGCCUUGGCGUGGUAAAGAUGAGGAAAUUGAGAAGGAGCAACAAAAAAGAGAUGCUGAAGAAAUGGGUGAUGCAAUGAAGUCAUUAGAAAAUAGAACCUUGGAUUCAAAGAGGGAAAUGGAUAUUCUUGCUGGUUUAGAUGAAAUGAAAUCCCUGAAGUCAAGGCAUGCCACUGUGAGUGUAGAUGCAAUGCUUGAAGCUUUGCAAAGGUCACACGAGUCAAAGGAGAGGAAGAUGGAGGAAGAAGAUGAAGCUCUCAUAAGAUCGAUAUUCCAGGGAUCAAGAGAGAUUGUCAAAAGAAUCCAUGAUGAAGAAUUUGAGGAUGACGACGACGAUGAUUUAGCUUUCUUUACCCCUGAAAGUGCAGGAUCAGAAAACAACUCUGUUAAGAAGAGAAAGGUUUCUGAGGAACCUGAUGAAAAGCCCACAGAUUUUUUGACAAAAUCCAGCAUUCCUGACAGCUCUAAAAGCAAAGAUACAGCAUUGGCAAGUGAUAAUAAAUUCAUUUUGAAGUCCUCAGCAGUCAAAAUAUCCAUAGUCAAGAAACCAGUCUCGGACUCCAACAGCAAGAAGACAGUAGAAGGAAACAAGCAUGCGCAGAGCACUGGUGCUGCGACAAGCAGUGGUCUACUCUCACUAUGUCAACAGUAUGAUAGUGAUGAAGAUGAUUGAUUCGGUGAUCCCUGUAACCUUUAUAUGUCCAGAUAUAUCCGCCAAAACUAUUAACCACGGGUGUGAUUUUCAUUGCUUGUGCUCUUUGUACGGGCACUUGAAAUGUAUGCAAGCUCAAGUUUUGGCUUUCUGCAAACUACCCAUCCGUCGGUAAAAGAAUGACACUGUUCUCUGCUGUUCAUGCACCAAUCUCAAGCUGCUUUCUUCUUGUGGCAAUCGAAGGGUCUUUGCUACUCAAUUAGGAUUUAUGCCUUAAUUAUAUUUUACAACUAGUUCAAUGGUGUUAAAAAAAUGGCUCCUCCAUGGUUUGUGCAUAUUGCAUUACUGCUGCCGUUUACUCA